AUGGCAGACAGCGCUCGAGCUAAGAAUGAUCAUUCCAUAAUGGAAAGCCCACUCGUUAGCCCCUUGUUCGGGAGGGAAAAGCCUCCACAGUCCCCUGGCUCUCGCUCAAGGUACCAGGUCAGCGCACCCGGACACAGUUUUAGGAAAGUGACUCUCACCAAGCCAACGUUCUGCCACAACUGCAGUGAUUUCAUAUGGGGUCUUAACGGAUUCAUUUGUGAAGUGUGUAACUUUAUGUGCCAUGAAAAGUGCCUGAAGAUGGUGAGGACUGUGUGUUCAUGCAUGGCCCCAACACAGGUGCGGGUCCCUGUCGCCCAUUGCUUUGGUCCAGCAGGGCAGAAAAAGAGAUUCUGCUGUGUGUGUCGAAAGCAUCUGGAGGGAAACACUGCCGUUCGUUGUGAAGUUUGUGAGCUGCAUGCCCACUAUGACUGUGCUACGUUCAGUUGUGGCGACUGCCGUCUCUGUCACCAGGAUGGGAGUCAGGACUUUGAUACGUUCCCCCACCACUGGCGGGAGGGGAACAUUCCUUCAGGUGCACGUUGUGAGGUCUGCCGGCGCACCUGUAGCUCCUCAGACAUCCUGGCGGGGAUGCGGUGUCAGUGGUGUGGUAUUACGACACACGCUGCCUGUUAUCUCAUCGUGGCCCCAGAGUGCAGUCUGGGGCGGCUACGCAACAUGCUUCUUCACCCUGCUUGUGUGCGAAUAUGCUCGAGGAACUUUAGCAAGAUGCACUGCUACCGCAUCUCUGAGAGCUACCAGAAUGAGCUGGGUAAGCUUGUGGUCUCCAACAUCCAUUACCCCUCCCCUCCCCCUACCCAAAGUCACAUCCUCUCAGCAACUGAGACGCGGAAGCAGGUUCUCAAGGUGUUUGAUGGGGAUGAUGCAGUCAAGCGUAGCCACUUCCGUUUGGUCUCCAUUCCUCGGAUAACCAAGAAUGUGGAAGUGGUGGAGUCAGCGUUGAGGGCCUUUUACAUCCCAGAUGACCCCCUGGAAUAUGAGCUCCAAGACAACGGCCAGCAGGCUCUAGUCGAUGACGACGUCCUCAACCAUAACGGCACCCCCGAUAGCAAGGCCAUCUUUAAGGAGAAUGUGCCCGAGGCGUGGCUCCUAAGGGCCAAACCUCAGGAAACCGAGGUCCUCAAGAUCUAUGCCGGCUGGCUCAAGGUUAUUGUGGCGUACAUAUCCAUCUCCAAGAACAGCACUGUGGAUUCUGUCAUUAAGGAGGUCCUCACUCAACUGGGAAAACAGGAUGAAGACCCAUCAACCUUCAAUCUUGUGGAGGUUUACAUGGGCAGUAAGCAAGUUCAGAGACAAGUGCUGACAGGCCACGAGCUGCUGCUGGACAAACUGCAGGAGAUAAGGAAGAUCUCCCUGAGGCAGAUGAACCAGACCCGUUUCUACAUAGUGGAGAGCAGGAACAGGAUUGUGCAGGUCAACCUGCUGCUAGAGGGACUGCCUGUACAGCUGAGCAAGGAGGAAUAUGCAGACCUGCUACAGGAGCACUUAGCUAUCAAGAGUCACUUGGUCACCAUCACACAUGUUUACGGGAACCAAGGUGCAGUGGUGUUGCAGAUAUCGUGUUUCUCUGAGGCUGAGAGGAUCUACAUGUUAGCCAAAGAUACGUCUGUCAGCAACCAGCAGCUCACCUCUCUUGUCCUACCAGAGAUCAUGCACAACAAGUUACCCAAAGGUGACUCGCCCCUACUGGUGUUUGUCAACCCCAAGAGCGGUGAGCUGAAGGGCAGAGAGCUCCUCUACGGUUUCCGGAAGCUUCUGAACCCCCACCAAGUGUUUGACAUGACCAAUGGGGGACCAUUGUCUGGACUCCACACGUUUAGGGCGGUGCCCCGCUUCCGGGUGCUGGUGUGUGGGGGAGAUGGGACAGUGGGCUGGGUCCUGGGAGUCUUGGAGGCCAUCAGACACAAGCUGGUCUGUCCCGAGCCCCCCGUCAGCAUCGUCCCACUCGGCACAGGUAACGACCUGGCGCGGAUCCUGCGCUGGGGGGCGGGCUACAGCGGAGAGGACCCCCACCACAUCCUGGUAUCUGUGGACGAGGCGGAGGAGGUGCAGAUAGACCGUUGGACUAUUCUGAUGGAUGCACAGGAGAUCACAGAUGACGGCAAGGAGAACGGCUUCUUGGAACCACCAAAGAUAGUGCAGAUGAACAACUAUUUUGGGCUGGGCAUCGAUGCUGAAGUCAGUCUGGACUUCCACCAUGCCCGUCAAGAGGAACCUGGGAAGUUCAACAGCAGGUUUCACAACAAAGGUGUGUACCUGAAGGCGGGUCUGCAGAAGCUGAGUCACACACGGAACCUUCACAAGGUCCUCAAACUACAGGUGGACAAGCAAGACAUAGAACUGCCCAGCAUAGAAGGCCUCAUCUUCCUAAACAUCCCCAGCUGGGGCUCCGGGGCAGACCUGUGGGGAUCAGAGGGUGACUCGCGCUACGGGAAACCUCGCAUUGACGAUGGCAUGCUGGAGGUGGUGGGGGUGACUGGGGUGGUACACAUGGGCCAGGUGCAAAGUGGCAUGCGCUCUGGGAUCCGUCUCGCCCAGGGCAACUACGUGCGUAUCACAGCGACCAAGCCCAUCCCUGUGCAGGUGGAUGGAGAGCCCUGGAUCCAGGCCCCCGGACAUAUCAUCAUAUCUGCAGCAGGCCCAAAGGUGCGGAUGCUGAGGAAGUCCAAACACAAGCAGAAGAAGCAGUCAGCCCCUCUUUUAGGCUGGCAAUCUGAAAGCCCUUCGUCCAGCGAUGGGGGACAAUGA